ACUUCCGGGUGCCACCGCUGAUUCUGUCCGACUGGGCGCUUGUAGCGUUUGGUCCCUCCUUCCUGCACCUGACCAUCUACACAAGUGCCCCUUCCCUGUUCCCAGCGGCAGGGACAUGAGUGUCCCUGGGCCGCCGCCCCCGGAUGGGGUCCUGGCAGGACCACCCUUCGGCCUGGGGCCCGGGGAGCCGACGCAGGGUUUAAGUGACACUUCUCCAGAUGAAGGGUUAAUAGAGGACUUCCCGGUGGAAGAGAAAGCUGUGGAGCAACUGGCGGAAGGAUUGCUUGCUCACUACCUGCCAGACCUGCGGAGAUCAAAACAAGCCCUCCAGGAACUCACACAGAACCAAGUUGUAUUAUUAGACACACUGGAACAAGAGAUUUCAAAAUUUAAAGAAUGUCAUUCUAUGUUGGAUAUUAAUGCUUUGUUCACUGAAGCCAAACACUAUCAUACCAAGUUGGUGAAUAUAAGAAAAGAGAUGCUGAUGCUUCAUGAAAAGACGUCAAAGUUAAAAAAAAGAGCACUUAAACUGCAGCAGAAGAGGCAGAAAGAAGAGCUGGAAAGGGAGCAGCAACGCGAGAAGGAAUUUGAAAGAGAAAAGCAGUUAACAGCCAAACCAGCCAAAAGGACAUGAAAAGUUGAAUGUGUUUGUGUGUUCUUCCUUCCCCUGUCGCAUAUUCUUGGAUUUAAGAUGACCUAAGUGUAGACUGAAGAUAAGGUUGUGCCUUACACCACUGUGUUCUGUUUGAAAUCCUUUCCCCAGGAAUGCUGUCUCUGUCUUCAUUUUAGCCAUUCCAGAAGCUUUGAUUUUUUUGAGUAAAAGACUUAAUGUCACUUGGUUUGGAUAUUUGUAUGUAAUUUUUCAACUUCGGUUUUGCUGCAUUUUAAAAUUCAUUAUUUUGGCCUUGAAUCAUUUAUAAACUGGUAAAUGGUCUGAUUGUUUUAACGGUUUAGACUAAGCGCUUAAAAAUUAGUAUGAAUUUUUUAGAUUCUUAAGUGUGAAUUUAAAAGUUUUGGUUUCUUAUUUUAUGAAAUGACUUGCCUUUCUGGCAGUACAAUUCUGGUUUCUGGCAGUUGCUUUUUCAUUGUUUGGUUAAGAAGGAAUGCCAACUGUUUAAUCACAUAAGCCACUGGAAAAGCGGUGGUAUAUAAGCCUUUGUGAAGAACAUGAUAGAAAAAUGUGUUCCCAGGAAAUAAUAGCAUCUAAGACAUUGGAUAGGGUGAGCGAGAUGCCAGAUAGAUUCCACUAACCAUAUACUUUGUCUUCUUCCUAGCAUUGUCGUUGCUGUUUAGCUCUUAUGUAGCUUCUGGGUUCAAAGGAGAUUACAUCUGUUCCGAAAGUUUGGCAGAGGUGGAGAUAGAGCUUUCACACACUGUAAUAUGCUUAAAUAUUUAUAAUACUUUGUAAGGUUCGUCACACACUGAGAUAGAGUUGUCAAGUUGAUAAGAUAGUGAGCCCACCUUUCCAGAUGGAAGAUCCAACCACUAGUUCUGUCUAUCCUCUGAUUUGCUGCGUGGCCUUACAUGUGGUUACUUUUUCUUUGCUUUUAAAAAAUUCUUAAAGUAGAAUGAUAUAUACCAACUAUCCAUUUUAUAGAUAUUGACAAGAAUUGUGGAAAAUUAGUAAAUAGCUUCUUCACGAAAGAAGCAGCAUGAUACCUUUAGUGUGUACUAGACCCCCCCUUCCCCGAUAUCCUAAGUAGAAACUUACGUGAGGGAAAUAUUAUGAAAUUUCAUUGUUUAAGAUUGAGAGUAUCUUAGUCACUGUUUUAGUAUUAUUUAAUAUCCAACUAGUCUCCAAUCUCUAUUACAUAGAGACUAUGUAGACCCUGUAAAAAUGUUGAUUAGAAUGUGAUCUUUUAUAAUCUACAUUACAUUUUAGGUAAGCUGGAAUCCCUACCUCUGAUCACAUAUCACGCUAAUUAAUGAUGGAGAAGGCUUUAGAUUUGAGUGCUAAGAACUAGUCUGUUGAAAGCCUUUCCCUUCUUUAGAAUGAAUGAAUUAUGAUCUCUCAAUUCACUUGACUUUGACCUUAUAUUUAAGAAUAUAUUUUAUUUUAAAGGGCUACACGUUGCCUUCAGUUACCAGCUAAAACUGUCUAUGGCAGGAUUCAUUAGUGCUUGCAGGACAAUGUCACCUGAAUUGCUGAAUGGACUCAUUUAUAACCUGACAAAGGCAUUGCAUUGUUUCUUAGAGUGGUUUGUGGACCAACUGCAAUGAGUACUUAAAAGUUGGUUCUUGGAUACCUCUCUCCAUCUGCUGAAGCAAGUCUGUUUUUCUUUUUUUUUUUUUUUAAAGUUUCCCCAAGUAAUUCUGAUGCACCUUAAAAGUUGAGAACCACUGGUCUAGUGGUCUGAGUCAGAGGUUCCUACACUAGGCUGCAUAUCAUUAUCACGUGGGAUCUUGAAAAACAACAACAACCAGACAUUCAGGAAGAUUCUAACUCAUUAGUUCUGAGGUGGGGCCCAUGCAGAAUUUAAAGAGCUCCCCAGAUAAUUAUGAUGCAAGGAACUACUACUACUGGUCUAGAUUACCUAGUGGUUUGUAUUUAUCAGAAGUGAAAUAGUUUAAAAGCCACCCAGUAACUCUUGGGAUUAAUUUUAUGAAAUAUGUUCUGAACUACAGUUUUGAUACAAAGUCAGAUUUAAGAUUGAAAUAGGUGGCAGGCAGGAAAGAUACAAAGAAUUCUAGUUAAUUAAUUGAACUUCUAUGAUCUAUCUUAAAAUAAAUUACGUUUAUUGAAUGAAUGGCAAGGAACAUAUACUUUUGAAUUGUAUUAUUUAAAUUUUGAAGAUUUUUAAAAUGUCAAGAAUAUAUAUUAGCACUCACUAUUUUUAGGUAAAUUGUAAAUCUGAAGUAGUUACUUUGGUAAUCAAAAUCUAAAACUUUAGCUAUAUUUUAGUAGCAUAGAAACAUAUCUUACUGACUAAACCUGAACAGAACCCUUACAAUUAGUUUUACUGUAUUUUUUGCACAAAAGAAUGAAUUUGUGCUAAGGUUGAAAACUGUGGCUUUUGUUUUUUUGUUUGAAAAAAAUUGCCUUUAUUUUGAAACUAUAUCACAUAUGUAUUGAACUGAGUUUUGUAUUUACUUGGUAGAAGUUAUCAUGUAGAUAUGCAGAUAUGGAAUGUAACAUGGAUUGUGUCCUCAGUGAAUUAUUGGGUAGGUACAGUUUAUAAAUGUACCAGUUAUUCACCCUCAUACAUUUGUCUGAUUUUGAGCUUGUAAAAUGAGAACUACUUUUUACACGUUAUUAAAAGCCUCUGAAUUAUCCAAAGUUGUGGAUC